AUGGCUGAUUUUGAUGGAAAGAUUGUUGAAACCUCUGAAUAUUACUUAAAGGAUGUUUAUAACUUGACCGAAGAAUUAUAUAUGGAUUACAAGACAGAAUUAAAGGAACGUCUCUCAAAAUUCAGAACCACAUCAGACGCUAAGAACUUAAGUUCGAAUUCAUCAUGCGAUGGUAAUCAACGAGGUGUACAGCUACCUAAAAUCACUAUACCAACGUUCUCCGGCGAAUAUUCUGAGUGGACUACCUUCCGGGAUCUCUUUGUAGCACUUAUACAUAACAAUGAAUCGCUUCAAAAUGUGCAGAAACUUCACUAUCUCAAGAGCUAUCUAACGGGUGAAGCUGAACAGCUACUUCGGCAUCUAGCGAUUACGAACGAGAACUACGCGACAUGUUGGAAUACUUUAGAACGUAGAUAUAACAAUAAGAGAUUCAUAACCAACUGUAUUUUCAAACGAUUUUUUGGCCAAAGAAACAUUACUGUUGAAUCAUCGAAGGCUAUAAAGGAACUUUUGGAUACAACUAACGAAUGUAUAAAUGCUUUAGUAAACGUAGGCGUUAAUGUGGAGAACUGGGACAUCAUAGUCAUUUAUAUCUUGUCAUUAAAACUAGAUUCCGAAUCCCGUAAACAAUGGGAAGCAAAAAUUUGUAAUUUUACAGACGACUUGCCUACGUUAAAACAGUUUUUAGAAUUUUUAGAACUUAGAUUUCGGUCACUUGAAUUUUUAGGUACUAAAGUAGUAAAAGGCUCUCAGUCACACCAUGUAGCUACCAAUUUUGAUGAUAGCCAAUCGAUUUCUUGUGUUUAUUGUUCUGGCACCGAUCAUAAGUUAGGUAAUUGUAAUGAGUUUUCCAAGGAAGAUCUAACAACACGUCGUAAUUUUAUUCAAAAUUCCCGUUUGUGUUUUAACUGUUUGGGGAAGAAUCAUCUAGUAUCCUCAUGCCGACUACCCACUAGGUGCAGACAUUGCAAGGGAAAACAUCACUCACAAAUUCACGGUUCUAACUUGUCAACCCAAAGUCCAGGUGUUAACAGUCAAUCGGUGGAUAAUAAUAACAUUGGUACGAACAGCACCACAGAACAAGGGGAUACAGCAAUAGAAAAUAUUACCACUUGCUGUUCUAGUAAAAGGGGUCAGGUUUUGUUAGCAACAGCAUUAUUGAAGGCUGAAACAAACACUGGAUCUUCUAUGACACUGAGGGCCUUGGUUGACCAAGGAUCACAAGCAUCGUUUAUAACGGAGUCUGCAGUCAGACUUUUGGGCCUAAAGAAAGUCAAAGCCAACAGUGUCAUAACUGGAGUAGGCAACGCAUCACUUGAUUCUAAGUAUGUGGUUUACCUAAAGUUACAAUCUCUUCAGGACCCAACCUUUAACAUUCGUGUUAAGGCACAUGUUCUCAACAAGCUAACAUCAUUCAUACCUGAGAAAAAAUUUGUAGCUGACCUGUGGCCAACGUUACCAAAAUUGAAGCUUGCUGAUCCAGACUUUAAUAUACCAAGCAAAAUUGAUACUUUGCUUGGCGCUGAUGUCUAUUGUCAGAUUUUGGUAGAUGGUUUGGUUCGUGGACCUCCAGGGACACCAAUCGCUCAGAAUACGAAGCUCGGCUGGAUUUUGUCUGGAAAGGUAAGUGAAGAAAGUGAAACAAGGGAUGAAUUAAAUUGCUAUACAACUGUAAUUGCCAUGCAUGCGCAAAAUAACGAUGAAGAGUUCAAUCUCAAGAAAUUUUGGGAACUUGAAUCUGACAACUUUAGUCUUAAUAAGAAACAUCGCACGGUUGAAGAACAACGAUGUGAAGAUCUAUUUCAAGAAACAACUACCAGAGACUCCGAGGGUCGAUACAUUGUCCAGUUACCUUUUAAAGAAGAGAAUCCAAGCUGCAUGUAUGGUAAUUCACGAGAGAUAGCGAUCACGAGAUUUCUCAUGCUAGAGAAACGUUUAUUGAAGUCACCAAAUUUACAAACUCAAUAUUCUGAUGUAAUUGCAGAGUAUUUAACCCUUGGUCACAUGGAGGUGAUACCUCCAGAGCAGAUCGAUAAAUCGGGAAGUGUUUACUUACCCCAUCACGCAGUAAUCAGAGCCGAUAAAACUACAAGUAAAGUGAGAGUAGUGUUUGACGCAUCUUGUCGGGAUAACAAUGGAGCAUCCCUUAACAAUGACCUCAUGGUAGGUCCUACUUUGCAGGCUGAGCUUCGUCAUAUCAUCAUGAAGUGGAGGAUGCAUCCCAUAUGCAUGGUGGCCGAUAUUGUUAAAAUGUACCGCCAGAUUAGGGUGGCAGAUGAGGCUACCGAUUUUCAACGGCUGGUGUGGCGGACUCGAACUGAAGAAGACCUUCAACAUCUGCGUCUAACACGUGUUACUUUCGGGACAGCAUCGGCUCCUUAUUUAGCCGUCAGGACUUUGCACCAGACCGCUUACGACGAAGGAAAGGACUUUCCGAUGGCCGCUGAAAAAAUCUUAAAGGACUUUUAUAUGGAUGACCUCCUUACGGGUUGCCAAUCAGUGGCUGAGGGUAAGCAACUGUUCGUUGAAAUAAGCAAAAUACUUAACAAAGGAGGAUUUGAACUUCAAAAGUGGUCUAGCAAUGAUGAUGACCUUUUAAAUGAGAUUAAUCAAGGAGACAAAUCAACAAAAAAUAACCUGACGUUAAAGACUGACGAACCAAUCAAGAUACUGGGACUUACCUGGGACCGUCGCACCGACGACUUCAAGUACUCUGUGCAGCUGCCAGCAGUUAACAAACCGGUAACAAAGAGAAAGGUCGUUUCGGAUAUCGCUAAACUUUUCGAUCCUAUGGGUUGGAUAGCACCAUCGAUUGUCAAAGCAAAAAUUAUGAUCCAAAAACUAUGGCUAGCAGGGAUAGGUUGGGAUGAAAAAUUACCACCCAAUCUACUUAAGGAUUGGAUUAAUUACCGUAAUGAGCUUACAUCACUUACUGAAUUCAAAAUCCCACGAUGGAUAGGAGUGAACGAUGAGACUGCCGGGUUUGAACUCCACGGAUUCAGUGACGCAUCUAACGAAGCAUAUGCCGCUGUAGUAUACGCUCGCGUAAUUGAUAAAGCAGGACAUAUCUAUGUUCAUUUAAUUACAUCAAAAACAAAGGUUGCACCGAUUAAACAAGUGUCCAUUCCGAGACUAGAACUUUGUGGAGCGGUUUUGAUCGCAAAAUUAUUACAGGAAGUAGCGGAAGUGCUAAAAGUACCAAAGGACAGUUUACAUGCUUGGACGGAUUCCACGGUAGUGCUGGCUUGGUUAAGCAGUCACCCAAGCCGCUGGAAAACGUUUAUCGCAAAUAGGGUAUCAGAAAUACUGAAUAUACUAGACAGAGAGCAAUGGUCGCAUGUAUCAACCAAAGACAACCCAGCGGAUUGUGCAUCUAGAGGGGUUAACCCAUCAGCAUUGGAAUCGAUCCAGUUAUGGAAGACUGGUCCAGCAUGGCUAAGAAAUGCAACCAUCGAUUAUCAUCAAGGGCAGAUUGGAGACACCAAUUUGGAAGAAAGAAAAAUAAAGGUUUGCCACUUGAGAGAGACAAACCAAUUUGAGUUAUGGAACAAGUUUUCUACAUUGCGAAAACUCAUCCGAGUCUUAGCUUAUUGUAGAAGAUUUUUAGCAAGGUCGAGAAAAUCAAAGAUAGACGAGACUCCGUCGUGGUUAACGAGUGAAGAGCUAAAUGAAGCGCUACACAUUUGUGUAAAGAACUGUCAGAACGAAAAUUUUGUACAAGACAUAAAGCAUCUUAAACAACAUGGAACCGUAAAUAGGAAGAGUAAACUCACCCCAUUGAACCCGUUCUUAGAUGCUGCUGAUAUUUUGCGAGUAGGUGGUCGUCUAGAAAGGGCCAAUGUUGCUAAAGACACGAAACACCCCAUGAUUCUGCCAGCAAAAUCGCAUUUCACAGAUCUUGUCAUAGCUGAAGCUCACGAAAGAACUUUACACGGUGGACCUCAAUUAAUGAUCAAUUAUCUGCGAUCUAAGUACUGGGUAAUAGAUGCAAAAAACCGCGUAAAGGUGUUCGUUCACAAAUGUGUGAUAUGCGUGCGCCAUGCAGCACGCACAAGAGACCAACUUAUGGGGCAGUUGCCACCAGCUCGUGUGACACCUAUUCGACCAUUUUACCAAAGUGGUGUAGACUACGCCGGACCCAUCCAAAUCAGAACUUCAAAGGGGAGAGGUCAUCGAGCCUACAAGGGAUAUAUAUGUUUGUUCGUGUGUAUGGCUACGCGAGCUAUACACUUGGAAGCUGUCAGUGAUCUUACAGCACAAGGUUUCCUUGCAGCUUUUAAGCGCUUUGUAUCCCGCCGUGGACAUUGCUCUGAUUUAUUUAGUGAUAAUGGAACCAAUUUUGUGGGUGCCUCACGAGAGUUAAAGAAUUUGUUUACUCAAGAAAGAGAAAAUUUGACCAAAGAAAUUGCUGAAUGUUUAGCAAACAACGGAACGACAUGGCACUUUAUUCCGCCCCAUACUCCACACUUCGGUGGACUUUGGGAAGCAGGGAUAAAAUCCACAAAACAUCACCUUCGUCGGGUAAUUGGCAGCCACACACUUACCUUUGAGGAAAUAACCACUUUAUUAUGCCAAAUUGAAGCAUGUCUUAAUUCUAGGCCACUAUCGCAAAUUAGUAAUAAUUCCCAGGAUCCGAUUCCGUUAACUCCUGGACAUUUCUUAAUAGGUGAACCUGUGAUGCUCGUACCAGAACCUAAUUAUGAAAGUUCGAACAUUUCAUGUCUUAAACGUUGGCAACUGACACAAAAAAUGUUACAAGAAUUCUGGCGUAGAUGGUCACAGGAAUAUUUAAAUCAAUUCUUACACCGCUACAAAUGGGCAAGCAAGAGUCCGGAACCAAAUGUUGGUGAAAUAGUAUUAGUAAAGGAGGACGAUCUUCCUCCAGCUAGAUGGUUGCUGGGUAUUGUUACAGCAAAACACACGGGUUUGGACAACAUCACGCGAGUUGUUAGUCUGAAGUGCCGAGGUGUCAUAAUCAAACGACCUGUUGCCAAACUAUGUGUACUACCAGUGGAUACUUAA